CGGUGGUGGCGUUGAUGAGUGUGACACACGAGUACAGAUUAAAAAUGUAGCAUUCAAGUCACAAGCCCUCUUCUCCAUAAGUGCAAAAAAAAGCGCUUAACUUUAUGUAGGCAGCAGUCAAGACACACUUGCUAAAACUUAUUCAGCUUAUUUCAUAAAGCGACCUCAAUCGAGAAGGUGGUAUCGCUUGCUGCCACACAAGUUGCUCUCCGAGUCUCACAUUAACACACAUUUUGAGGCAAUAGUGAAGUGAUCCGUAAUUAUGACCGGUGUUAGGAAUAGUGCUACAACAGCGACGUCUCCAACGACAACAACUACUUCCAAUGUUGACUCGGAAGAUUUUAGUUUAGAUGCAAUUCUAGUUCGAAUUGGACAAUUCGGAAAGUUCCAAUUAAUCAAUUACCUCUUAAUAUGUAUUCCUAUGCUAUUCAAUGCAAUUUUUUCGGUAACAUACGUUUUUACCGCGAGUACAGUGGUUCAUAGAUGUCGUGUACCAGAAUGUGAUGGACCUGAAAGUUCCUAUUUAGAACCAUGGACAGACUUUUCAAUCCCUCUUAAGACAGGAGGUGAUUUGGAGAGUUGUAAUCGCUAUAUGGCCUACAAUCGCAGUCUUGCAGCUGAUUUCUGUCUAGCUGAGAAUUUCAAUCGAAGCCUUGAAGAGAAAUGUGGUACUGAUUUAAUAUUUCGUGAUAAAGAAUUGACCAUUUCGAAUGACUUUGGUAUUUAUUGCUCGGACGAAUGGAAACUAUCGAUGGUUGGAACGGUCAAUAAUAUUGGACAGUUUAUUGGAAUACCAUUGGGUGGAUUUUUUGCAGACAGAUAUGGCCGCCGAACUAUGCUGGCAGUGGGAGGUUUUCUAAGUGCUUUGAUGGGUAUACUACGAUCCUUUUCAACAAACUACUACAUGUUCCUGACAUUUGAGUUCCUCGAUAAUCUUUGUGGAAGCACCCUUUAUGCAACUGUCUUCAUUCUCGCGCUAGAAUUAGUUGGCCCAAAGGUACGAGUUCCCGCCUGUUCUCUUAUUACCAUAUUCUAUGCCAUUGGUGAAGUGUUACUUGCAGUUGUGGCUAAGUAUUUCCCCAAUUGGCGAACUAUCCUACAAAUACUUUACAUUCCGGCAUUGGGACACAUUGCUUUCCUAUGGAUUCUUCCAGAAAGUGUUCGAUGGUUGCUAUCGCAAGGUGAAGAAGAAAAAGCCAAAAAGGUUCUACAAAAAGUCGCGAAAGUUAACAAACGGAAGCUAUCUGAUCAUAGUAUAGAUAAACUUCUUUUGGAGAAUAAGUUCAAAUUAGCCCAAGCUGAUGAGGGAAGGUUUCCGAUUAAAGAAGCUUUUAAAACACUUUUCUGGAGGAUAACAAAUUGUGCUUUAUGUUGGUUCACACAUGUUUUGGUUUACUAUGGACUGAGUUUGAAUGCUGUAUCACUUGGCGGGAAUAAAUAUGAUAAUUUCAUUUAUAUAUCGCUGAUUGAGAUUCCAGGAUUUUUAAUACCAUUUUUAACAAUGGAUCGAUAUGGCAGGAGAUAUUCAUUAUUUGGAUAUUUAGUGAUAUGUGGAAUUUGUAUUGGAGCUACUAUAUUUAUUCCAAGUGGCAUGUAUGGUCUCAAUUUGACAUUGUUCCUUCUUGGAAAGUUGGCAAUUACUGCAUCAUUUCAAGUUUUAUACUUUUACACGUCGGAAAUAUUUCCCACAAAUGUUCGGAAUAGUUUACUGUCGUUUUGUUCGAUGUUUGGACGAAUUGGAUCAAUGGUGGCGCCACAAACACCACUUAUGGCAAAGUAUUAUGAACCAUCACCAGCGAUACUAUUCUCGGUAUGUGCUCUAGUAUCAGGUUUCAUGGCACUUAUGUUCCCUGAAACAACUGAUGUGAUAUUACCAACAACAAUGCUUGAAGCCGAAGGAAUUGGCCAAAAGAAAAAAGCUAAAGAAGCUGAAACAGGGAAUUUGUAGUUUUAAGAUUAGUUAUUUUUUCUCAUAUAAAUUAUAAUUGUUUAGUUACAAUAUCCUCAUAUAUAAAUCUAAUCAUCACAAUAAGAUUCUAAAAUAAGCUUAUUUAUAUGUUUUAAGUUUAGAUUUAAGGUAAAAAUUAUUUUAAAAUAGUGAUAGUAAAUUUAA